AUGACGACCAAUAAUGGUGGGGGUGGCUCCAAGCAGACAGUUAACACUUCAUGGACAGCUGGUGAACGUUAUGAAAACAGUGAGACCCAGAGCUUAGAAGAAAGAAAUGAGAGAGAAGUGCUGGAGAAUCCCCUUGAAGUCACUCGGGAUGCACAGAUUGGAGUCCAAAAGGCCGAAGCUAUGGCUUUGGUUUGGUCCAAAUCGGCCCUGUAUACUAUAUCUGCCUGGAUAUGGUUGUGCUUCUUCGUUCUGUCCCUGCAAGCGUCCAUCAGCGGCAACAUGAUCUACUACGCCUACGCAAAAUUCGCUUCAGCUCCCCAAAUAUCUCAGGCCUACAUUGUAUCAAGCAUCGUUGGCGGAGUUUUGCAGCUACCCAUUGCAAAGACCCUUAAUCUGUGGGGUCGAGCUGAGGGUUUCCUCACGUUUCUGGGGGUUUUCAUUCUAGGUCUAAUCGUGCUGGCCGCAUGCGACGGUCCCAAUGGGUUUGCGGCUGGCUACACCCUAUACUGGGUCGGCUAUACGGCCGUCAACUUCAUCUUGAGUGUCUUUGUUGCCGAUGCCUCUGGGCUACGAAAUCGAGCUUUUGCCUACGCAUUCAUCGGGACGCCGACCGUCUGUACGGCUUUUAUCGGCCCAGUUGUUGCGCAGGAAUUCAUCGCCCAUUCUACCUGGCGUUGGGCAUAUGGCAGUUUCGCUGUCACUAUCUUUGUUAUUUUCGUGCCUCUUGCAUUUGUUUUCAAAUACUACCAGCGCAAAGCCGAAAGAUUGAAUCUUUUAGUUCGGGCCCCAAGUGGUCGUAGUGCUAUGCAGUCCUUCUUACAUUACUUCCACGAAUUUGAUAUUGUCGGCGCUUGUCUCCUCAUGGCGGCUUUUAUCCUGUUUCUUUUACCGUUCAGCCUUGAGACAUAUGGCUUUAGCGGAUACUCCUCGCCAACUUUCAUCGCCAUGAUUGUCAUCGGAAUUCUGUUAUUCCCAGUCUUUGCAGUUUGGGAGUGUUUCUUCUCCAGAACCCCUUUCAUAAAAUGGGAGCUAUUCAAGAAACGUACAGUCCUCGGAGCAUGCAUAUUAUCGGCUGUGAUUUUCUUCAACUACUAUACAUGGGACCAAUACUUCUACUACUACGUACAAGUAGUCUACAAUCUCGAUACUACGAAGACAGGAUACAUGACACAGAUUUAUGGUGUCGGAUCAACUAUCUGGGCCGUUGUUUUCGGUAUCUGGAUUCGCCAGACAAAACACUUCAAGAACGUCUGUCUAUACUUCGGUGCACCACUGAUGCUACUAGGUGCUGGGCUCAUGAUUCACUUCCGAGGCUCCCAAAGCAACAUCGGAUACCUGGUUAUGUGUCAGAUAUUUAUUGCCGUUGGAGGUGGCACCCUAGUUAUCGGUGAUGAGAUGGCUGCCAUGGCUGCUGCAGACCAUGAUGGUGUCCCGUUAAUGAUUGCCAUGAUCAGUCUGUCUUCUAGUCUUGGUGGAGCUCUUGGGCAGGCUGUUGCAGCUGCCAUUUAUUCAAAUACUUUUCCGAAAGCGUUGCUAAGCGCGCUUCCUGGUUCUUCCAAAGCUGAUGCUGCGGCUAUUUAUGCUGGUGGUCCCGCUGCUCAGCUCUUGUAUCCUCCUGGCACCGAGACAAGGGACGCGAUAAACUAUGCGUGGGCAUACAGCCAGAAGUAUGAGUGUAUUACUGCGGCUGCUCUUGUUCUUAUUGCUUUUCCUACUAUUGCCAUGUGGAAAAACUACAAUGUUGACAAGAAGCAGGUGAAGGGGGUCGUCAUCUAA